AUGCAUUCUUAUCAUUUACCUCUUAAUCUUAUUUUACAUUUCAUAGCAUUUUGUCAUGGUAUUCGUAACAUUCGAUAUUCUACAAUUCGCUCUUACUUAGCUGCUAUUCGUUUUUAUCGUUUGCGUGCGGGCUUUUCUGAUCCAUUUAUAGAUAUGUACGGUUAUCGAAUACCACAAAUUGAAAUGAUUCUUAAAGGCGCGCGACGUUUAGAUUCCUUACCCAUUAAACAAUGCAAACCUAUUACCAUCGAUAUUCUAAACAAAUUAAUUCGUGUAUUACAAUGCGGUAUAUUUAAUCCUUAUAUCGAUACAUUAAUGCAAGCAGCACUUACUACUGCAUUUUGGGGUUUCUUCAGGUCCGGUGAAUUAUUUCCUGAUAAAUUUUGUCCACGUUUACAUGUUACACAAGCUGAUAUUCAAUAUGAUAUGAACUGUAUUAUUAUUAAGUUAAAAUCAUCAAAAACUGAUAUAGAACGGAAAGGAGUGAAUGUUCGUUGGUUUAGAAAUGAAUCCAUGAAUUGUGCUGUUCAUGCUUUAAAUUGUUUUACUGUUCUUCGCAACAGCAAUAAUUAUGAUUCUCCUUUCUUUCUUUUACCCAACGGUCACGCAUUUACUCGUCGUGCUUUUAUCUUCAAUUUAAGACAUUUAUUACUUCAAUUAGGUUAUGAGGCUUCUGCUUAUAGUGGACAUAGUCUACGGGUAGGAGCAGCUGGUGUUCUUGAUCAUUUAAUACAAAUCCUAGGUCGUUGGAGUUCUUUGUCUUAUUUACGUUACAUCCGUGUUAGUGACACUGUUAUUCUUAAAGCUCAUAAUAAAAUAUUGCAGUUGUCUUAA